AUGGCCACCUCAAGCGCCGAAGACGCAUUCCAAAUCGUCCUAGACAACACACAAACACAAGCGCAAGCCGACGCCGUCGUCUACUCCGAGGGCGACGUCGUGCGCGGAAGCGUGCGAAUAGACAGCUCGCGGCUGGGGCCAUCAUGCGUCUCAGUCAGCUUCAAAGGCCGCGCCAUCUCGCACAUUGUCGUCAGCAGCGGGAACAACACGUACAAGACGCUCAUCGGGAAAAGCAUCCUGUUCCAGUACGAGGCGGAGCUGUUUGCCGGGGAGGACAUUGGCGCCCUCACUAACGCCAACGACGCCUUCGUCGCCCUCCCCUUCCAGUUCCGCUUCCCGUCCGCCGUGCAAGGCGCCCGCCAAAUGGGCAACCGACUGGGCACUCAGCUCGCUCCUAGCGCCUCGUUCGCGCACUCGCCCGGCCACGCUCUCCCGCCCAGCAUCUCGACGCGCAUUGCCGGCCGCAUCUAGCUCGUGCAGUACUACGUCAAAGCCCGCCUCCCAAGCACGCACCUGCAUGUCCUCACCGUGGCCAAAAAACGCAAACACGCCCUCCGCUUCACGCCGCGCUGCAGCGCCGCCUCCGCCGCGCUCGCCCUCAGCCCCGCAAGCAGCACGCACAGCGCGACGCGCACACGGCACUCGGCGCGCCUCCUGCCCACCUGGACGGCGCCCCACGGCUUCCGCGCGCACGUGAAGGCGCUGCUGCCCGCGCGCUCCGCAGACCCGCGCGCGACGCUCACGGAGGGGCUGCCUAAGUAUGAGGAUGUUGUUAAUGG